AUGGCUAGAACUAGGAAUGGUGGUUCUGGAGGUUGUUCCAUACCACAUGUUUCACCGACCGUAGCUGCUCGUAGAAUGCAUGCAACUACUCAUGUUGUGCAACCACCAUCGCAACAAUCACUGCAUCAAACUAAUUUAAGAUUAGUGAAGAGGAAGAGGAGCAAGAGACAACAUACUCGUAAAGGUGCCUACUCCACCACUUCCAUACAAACACUUCCAAGAGAUUCAUUGGUAGAGGUGGUUGCAACUGUGGCUGCACACUCUUUCAUCGACCUUCACACAAUUAAAUUGUGUUGCAAGGAUUUUCUUGCUGCUGCUCCAGAUAGAUACGUUUGGCAAAGAGUUUCCUUGGACACAUUUCCGUUAAUUCAGUGGUCUCCUAAUAACAAAGAAACAUCAUUCUUGAACCGUUGUAGGGAGUAUGGAAACAUUGAAAGUUUGUACAGAGAAGGGUUGCGAAAGUAUUUUAAUUAUCCAAAUGGAAAGAUUGAUGAUGGUGUUAGGAUCUUGAAGAUAGCUGCUGAAAAGGGUCACAAUGAAGUAAAAUAUGUGUGUGGUAUGAUUUCACUAUGCUCUGACGAUGAUGAGGUGAGAAAACUAGGACUUGAGUAUAUGCAUUUUUUGAGGAAGUUGAAGUGUGUUGUAAGCUGUAGAAAGAAAGUGAAACAAUUAUUAAAAUCUGUGUGGAAAAAUAAUGUCGUGCUGGUUCGCAAUUCGCACCCUCUAUGCAAAGUUAAUAGUACAUGCAAAGGGUGGAGGGUGAAGAAAGAUAGAUGGGUGUUGGUUGACGAUGAUGAUGAUGAUGAUGACGACAUGAGCUUAUGCGAGUAUUGUAGAUGGGACCAUGAGCUCGAGUUUUUUUAUCGGUUGUUCAACAUUUAA